CAGCAGUUGCCUAUGGAUCCAGGUACCUGGGGGAACAAGACAGCCGUCACUGAGUUCAUUCUUCUUGGCUUAACAGAGAACACAAGACUGCACUACAUUCUUUUUGUUGUCUUCCUCUUUGCAUAUGUAGUCACAGUUGGAGGCAACUUGAGCAUCCUGGCAGCCAUCUUUGUGGAACCCAAGCUCCACACUCCUAUGUAUUACUUCCUGGGGAACCUGUCUCUGUUGGACAUAGGAUGCAUCACUGUCACUGUCCCUCCAAUGUUGGCUUGCCUCCUGGCACACCAGUGCAGGGUUCCAUAUGCUGCUUGCAUUUCACAGCUCUUCUUUUUCCACCUGCUGGCUGGUGUGGACUGUCACCUCUUGACGGCCAUGGCCUACGAUCGAUACCUGGCCAUCUGUCAGCCCCUCACCUACAGCACCCGCAUGAGUCGUGAAGUCCAGGGUGUGUUGGUGGGCAUUUGUUGCACCAUCUCCUUCGUCAAUGCUCUGACUCACACAGUGGCAGUGUCCAUGCUCAGCUUCUGUGGCCCCAAUGUGGUCAACCACUUUUACUGUGAUCUCCCACCCCUUUUCCAGCUUUCCUGCUCCAGCAUUUACCUCAAUGGGCAGCUAUUGUUUGUGGGGGCCACCUUCAUGGGGGUGAUCCCUAUGAUCCUUAUCUCAGUGUCCUAUGCGCAUGUGGCAGCUGCAGUGCUAAGGAUCCGCUCAGCUGAGGGCAGGAAGAAGGCCUUCUCCACCUGUGGCUCCCACCUCACUGUGGUCUGUAUCUUUUAUGGAACUGGCUUCUUCAGUUAUAUGCGCCUGGGCUCAGUCUCAGCCUCAGACAAGGACAAAGGAAUUGGAAUCCUCAAUACCAUCCUCAGCCCCAUGCUGAACCCAGUCAUCUACAGCCUCCGGAACCCCGAUGUUCAGGGUGCCCUGAGGAGGGUGCUCACAGGGAAGAGACCCCAGGAGUGA